UGCACCCAGUCGGAUCGUUCUGCAUGGAAGACGUAAUUUGCCAUGAGCGAGAAUGCGAUUUUGCGCGUCGCAGGAUCACCGCCUCCGACUUGGCGAAGAGCCCGAAUGCAUCCCUCGACGGCGCUGGUCGCUUGGUGGAUUGGCGCGCAUUCGUGGGCCCAGAGGAAGCAGACGCUCGACCACUGAAGUCGAAACAACUUGUCUUCACUGAUCCUCAACAUCCAGAUGCUGAGUGUAUAUGCUAUGCGGUGUCGACGCACGGCAACCUUCUCGCCGCGUCAUUCAACUCCACUGACAUCUUUGUAUGGCGGCUUCCCGACGGCCUGCUGGUUCAACGCCUUCAUGAUCAAGGCCACAGCGAGAAUGUUAGAUCCCUAUCGUUUUCUUCCAAUGGCCACACCCUUGUUUCAGGGUCUGACGACAAGACCGCGAUUGUUUGGGAUGUUCAAAGUGGCCGUGUACUCCGACGUCUCGAAGAACAUCGUUCGGGUGUGGACAACACUGCAUAUUCGCCUGCCAACACACUCAUCGCCACAUCUGACUUGGACAAAUUCGUGAAGAUUUGGGACGCCUCAACCGGUGCAUGUCUACAUUCCUUCGCCCUCAGCGGAUAUGCAUCCCGGCUCAUCUUCUCACCGGAUAGCUCCCGUCUGUGUAUUAAAGUACCCGACUCUUGUGUCAUCUACGACAUGCAAACCUAUAGACGCAUUGCUGUAUUGCGGCAUGACAAUACCGACUCGAUCAGCUUCUCAAUGACUCGCCGAGGCGAUCGCAUAGUCACCGGAGCAUCCCACAGGAAUGGCGUGAUGAAAUGGGACGCGACGACCGGUCGAGACCUUAUGACAAUUGACGAUGAGAGAAGGCCGACAGCCCCUGUGGCAUUCUCCCCAGACGGUACCGAGAUAUUGGCGGGUCGCUACACGGACCAAAUGGCUCUCGCUUACGACUCGCGGACGGCCCAGCUACGCCAUAUCUUCUGGCUGUCACACACGCCCAGUCAUGUUGCGUACUCCCCGAAUGGGGACUACGUUGUGUUUGCGGGUAUGCGCGGCAGUCUCGAAGUGUAUGGCGCAAAGUCUCGGACCUUCAUCGGAAGGGUCGAAGGAGUCAGGAAUGCAGAAAUACGGGGAGCUGAGUUUUUAUCUGACAGCCAAACUGUUCUGUUGAUUUUCACACGGACCUCUUAUGAACCUCUGUGUCUGUGUAACAUACAUGAUCUAGUCCGGAUGCGAUAGUGUAUAGCAAUUUGCCGAGCUGAAUUUAAUACGUUGUGCACAGCG